AUAAGAAAUGACCUAUGUAAUUUUAUAUUUAUUAAUAAAAUCUGUUUUCUAAGUAUAAUGUCUAUCGAUAAGAGUCACAUAACCACCAUUGUCAUGGAUAAUAUAAAUAGGCUCCUGUGCACUACUGAAGUCAGUACGCCUUUUGUAUUUACUUGAAAGUAUCUCUGGGCUACUGCAUAUUUUACAAAGCAUUGAAACGAGUACGGUAAAAUAUUAAUAAGUCUUUUAUUCAAAACAAAUGCGAAGAUCCAACAGUCAUGACUUCGGACGAGCAGUCUUGCAGCGAUGGAUCGAGCAAGCGGAAAACCGAACGACAAAAUAUGACGUCACACAACCCAAAAAUAUCGAAAACAACGAAAAAACAAUUGAAAACGACACCAGAAAUGAUGACGAUGGAGGCGGAAUUAGCAGUACAGAAAUUGAAGGACUUGACCAAUUUCUGUCAGAAACGAUUGAAAAAGGAUUUGAAGGAAGAAGCCGAUCUCCUGGAUCUGUUGGAUAUUCUAUUUCUGACGACAAUGAAUCAGUAUCCGAUAUUGGCGUUGGUGAUCGUUAUUUUCGUAAUUUGUCAGGCGAAGGUCGUAGAAACAGAAUUGCAUCCGAAGAAAUGGAUGAGUGGACCGAUUCAGAAUAUAUGGACGGAAACGACGAUGGUGAAACGACACAGAUGACGACACUAUACCAACAAUUGAGGAAAUCUAUGACGACGUAGUUGAUGAACUUGGACGUGCAAUCCAUAGAUACGUCAAUAGUGUCAUUGUGCCGUUUAGAGCUGGCGGAGUUCGUCGGUGUUUGCGAGAGUUGGAAUUCUUAUUGCAAGGUUAUAGCCACUUAGGUUAUAGUCCCCAGCCACUUCUAUAUUGUCUCCGAGCAUGGUGAGUGUGACCACAUUACAUCAGCCACAUCUGCACGUACGUCGGAGGAACUUGUAAGUGCUCCUUCCUCAUUCGAGGAACAUUUUGGGGCAGAGACGGCCGACGUCGACUUCGUCGGAUUACUUGAGGCGUCGAGCUCGGAACAACAGAUUGGGGACAUAUACUGCGAUACCUAUCUUCGGGCGUCCGACGCGUCCACGCAGUUGGAGGUUUCACAGAAGAUGUUCGACUAUUUGAUCGAUAUAAACAUUUAUCGGUUAGUACUGCGCCAAUACGUUUUAAAAUUGAGAUUUAAUUAUUUGAAUAGGAAAAAAAUAUUAUAUAAUAAAAUAACUAGUACCUAUUAAUUUAAUAAAAAAAAU